AUGCUGGGAGCCGUGUGUCUCGUCCUGCUGCUGGGCUACGCCUACGGAUGCGGCCAGCCGGCCGUGCCACCACAGCUGGGCGCCCGCGUGGUGGGCGGUGAAGACGCCGUCGCCCACAGCUGGCCAUGGCAGAUCUCACUGCAGUACAGUAGAUAUGGAUCUUGGUACCACACUUGCGGCGGGACCCUCAUCGCUCCCCAGUGGGUGCUGACAGCUGCCCACUGCAUCAGCAACUCCAUGACCUACCGUGUGGUGCUGGGCAAGCAGGACCUGUCAGUGGAUGAUGAGCCCGGUUCUGUGGCCGUGGGUGUGGAGAAGAUAAUCGUCCAUGAGAAGUGGAACUCCUUCCUCAUCAUCAACGACAUUGCCCUGAUCAAGCUGGCCGAGGAGGUGCAGGAGAGUGACACCAUCCGCGCCUCCUGCCUGCCUGACGCCGGCAAGAUCCUGCCCAACAACUACCCCUGCUAUGUCACCGGCUGGGGACGCAUCAGGACCAACGGGCCCCUGGCUGAUGCCCUGCAGCAGGCUCUGCUGCCCGUGGUGGACUAUGAGACCUGCUCCAAGUGGGACUGGUGGGGCAGCCUUGUCCUGGAGACCAUGGUGUGCGCCGGUGGCGACGGCGUCGUCUCCGGAUGCAACGGCGAUUCUGGCGGCCCCCUGAACUGCCAGCGCGAUGAUGGCAUCUGGGAGGUGGACGGCAUCGUCAGCUUCGGCUCCGGCCUGGGCUGCAACGUGGCCAAGAAGCCGACGGUCUUCACCCGGGUGUCCGCCUACAUCGACUGGAUCAACGAGAAAAUGGGAGAGAACUGAGGACACGGCCUGCAGCACAAGUACUGAGCGUGAUGAAGGCAGUAGUGACGGUCACUGGGUGUGAUAAAGGCAGUAGUGGCAGUCACUGAGUGUGAUAAAG